AUGAGCGAAACUGACAACCCGCUCAUGGACGACGAAGCGCCGCCAGACAUUCGUCCGGCGGGAAGGGAUGUGGAGCUCUUCAACGAGCCCACUUUCCGGGCGCUCCGGGCUUUAGCUUUGGUCCCCGACGAUUUCGCGAACUCCGGUUGGGACUUCUCAGGUUUUCGACAUGGAGGAGGAAAGGGUGGAAGUAUGAUGGCCUUUGUUGAAGACAAGUUCAUCAUCAAGGAGCGCCACUUUGCCUGCUGGUUUUCAGAAGUGAACCUAGUGCAGGAGUUGAGCGCCGGCGACCACAAGUCGUUGCUGCACAUCGCUCCCCUGUACGGCGAGCAUGUGAUAUCUGGGGACACGCUGCUGUCCCCAAUCUUUCUCCACUUUAGAGACAUUGCGACGGGCAAGUUCUUCUUUGCCAUGCGGAACAGCAUUGGCCAAGGACCGUUCAAAGCAUGCUAUGACCUGAAGGGUUGCGCAGACGACAAGCUCCUGGAAAAGGAGGGAGCCAUCCUCAGCCGCGCUGCUUGUGGGUCAUUCUCACCCUGGGAGCAGAGAUAUACCCUGGAUGCCACCUUGAGGAUGAGGCGCGACACUGCCUUCCUGGUAGGCCACAACCUGAUGGACUACAGCUUUCUUGUAGCCAUCAAGGAUUGUGAUGCGACGAACGAGGACUGGGUCCUGAAGCCUUACCAGUUGGAUUUGUCCGUGUACGUGUCCAUAAUCGACUUUCUGCAGGCGACCAUCCCGCCCAAGGAUUACGGCCACCGCUUCCUGACACACUUCAGCCGCUGCAUCCUUGCAGCUGAUGACGAGGAUGAAUCUGAGGAUGUCUUCCCAGGCGCGGCGGCAGAUGAGGCAGGAUUUGCCGUGAUGCUGUCUUGGGCACCGCAAGCACCUGUGGAUAGUUGGUCGGAGCAGGCAAGGAUCCUGCAGAAAUUGAUCGAAUUCCAGAAGGUGCGCGCCCUCACAAACCUCACCCAGGAGGGGGUUGACGCUUUGGCCACGCUGCCACCGCUGGGCCCCGACUUUUGGCGCCAGCGGGAGCUCGACAUGUGGGUGCGGAAGCUAGGCUUCUCCACGAGCUUGUCGCAUGGGAAGCUGACCAUCGACCGGGAGGACUCGGAGGACAUCUACAUACGGGUCAGCAAGUGCUGGACGGACGCAUCCUUGGUCUCACUGAAGCUUAUGGCGGCCUUGUUGUCCUUGGAGGCGGCGAUCCACGUUUGCACGCUGCCGCCCGCAGACACAGCCGCGGUUGAUGCGGAGGCGGCACCUGGCCAGACGACUUGGGCUGGCCAGCGCCUGCUCUCCGCCUUUGCCGCUUUGCGGCGCCUUGCCUUCGGCGUCCAUGCGGCAUCCAUCGAGCUCACAGAUGAGCAGGAGAUAAGGAUGGCUUGCUCUGUCCAAAUCAACGGCAUCAUCUCCAGCUUUCUCGCCGUGAGCCAAUACAUCUCGGAUGCGAACGUGGCAUGCCCGGCGCCACAGGACGCGGUGGUGGGUGCCAGCCAAGUCCUGGCUUGA